UACACUCAGUUUGUCUUACUCGACUUCACGACAGGAUAAUGAUAGGCAACGAAACCGUUGAUUAAUUCACUCGCGUGAAUGCAAACAAAGCAGCGGAUAAAGUGUCACGUUUUUUUUUAAACAUAAAAAACGUUAGCCUACUUCGGCGUCCGACGAAGGAAUAUACGGUUAUACUGACGUCCAUUCGACCACUCAAACUGUUACAAUUGGGGAGUUUUCCACACAAAAUGUUUAUUGCCCGACGACGGUUCCUUUGAGCGUGUACAGCAAUUGCGAUAGUAUCAUCUGGACAAAUCGGUAUAAUGAAUACUAUAAGAUCUGAAAGAAAUGUUCCUGUUUUAUAAUGUGUCCUGGAGUCUAUUGAAUAACUGGCUGACGUGGGAAUCACGCAGGGGGGCUGGCCGAAAAAGGAGAGACACAGGCGGGCAGAGGGGCUGCGCCGCCGCGCGUCUGGGAUUACAGUAAACACAAUUUGUUUCUUUAAUAUCCUAAUAGGCUUUGACGAGAUAAUGCAUUUGCAGGCAUAUAAAACGCGAAGGAAACUAUGUAGUAUGUCUUCUUGUAGGGGUUCUGAGACGCUCAGACUCACCACUGCCUAUAAGUUCAUGGAUGUUUACGUCAGUGAAUGAUUUGGAAGUUUGUAAAGUUUGUAAAGGCCAUCAACCAUUGCAUUUGUUUUUAUUAUCUGAUGCAUUUUAUGAGUGCUGGCUAAAAUGGUUGAAAACAGAUGGUUUGUUCAGAGAGAGGAGGUUUACCGCUGGUUCUCCGUGUUGAGUUCGGCGCAGAGGGCUGAGUUCCUUUGCGGCCUUUUGGACCUCUGCGUUCCCAUUGAGCUACGCUUCCUCGGUUCCUGUUUGGAAGACCUAGCCCGAAAAGACUACCACUCUCUGAGGGAUGCAGAAAUCAAAGCCAACAACCCGGCUGACCUCGCUAACUUGACCAACAUCACGGAUGAGGUCGUGAGGAGCAAGCUGCUCGUCUCUCUCGCGCUCCUCAGCUCGGACAACCGCGUAGCGGCGGGAGUUUUGUUUCGGACCCUCACCCAUAUCGACACCAUCAUUAAUAACUACGGACUUCAGCUUAACGAUGGCCAGACGGGAGAGCAGUUUUUGCUCCUCUUCACCAUGGCUUCGAACCAUCCCGCCUUUAGUUUUCAUCAAAAGCAGGUGCUGAGGCAAGAGUUGACACAGAUCCAGGAGAUCCUUCAGGUGACAGUUGGUGAGGCGCCGUCGACGUCACACGGGGGCGGGGCCAGCGCUGCUGCGCUCCCAAACGUGAGCGCGACCCCGACCUUCUCUUCCUACAUCACAACAUCCACCUUCAACUCUUCCCAGGCCGGAUGUCCGUGUUGCAAGACCGUGCAUCGGGAGGUCACAGGAGGGCAGACAGACGACGGUUUCAGUCCUGAGAUCAUGCCGCAGAGUCCAUCACUCUUGUGCCAGGAAAUGCCACUCAAAGUGCAUGUCGGAAAACCCAGCAAAGAGUAUGUUGAAAGAAUUGAACUAAGGGGAGUUGCACCCAAAUCAGACAAAUCAACAGAAUACAUCCUGGAGGCCUUGUGGUCCGACUGCACUUUGUCGACUGUCAGCAAAACCCCUCAGGAAGUGGUGGAGUUCAUCUCCCAGCUCUCUCAGCUCUUUCCCGAUGAAUGUCUAGAGAAACUUCUGCCCCAAAUGCCUGGACUUGAUUUCACUCAUGAAUUAGAUCCUCGCUAUCUGGGCUGUCUGCUUCAGUAUAGGGGAGCGAGGCCCAUUUGUGGUGUCGCCAGCAUCCAGCCUGUCCUAAGCGUCCAUGCGCCCCUCCUGCAGAGCUCCCCUGCACACCUGCCCCCUCUCCCCCCUCAGACAGCGGUGGCCAUCCUCCCCGGCACUGCCAUGGGGGAGGCCAGUCCACCACAGAUGCACCUCACAAACCCCGCACCCCAACCCCAGUCCCAGCAGCCCAGCCCUGAGCAGAACAGCAUCCUGGACUGGCUUCGUAAACUACGGUUACAUAAAUACUACCCUGUCUUCAAACAGCUAACCAUGGAGGAGAUAAUUGCAUGUCAUUUCAUUUUAGGUCUAUAUCUCCUUUCAGGUUUAGAGUCUGGUUUGGAUCCUUGUGAGAAAGAGCGGUCAUGCUUUCUCCUCAAUCCUAUGGUAUCCACCGGUCCCAGCCGUCCCACUGCCCAAGUCCUACCGGUCCAGAACGAUCCCUCCCUCUGUCCCUCCCAAAUGAGUUUGCCCCCACCAUCCUUGCCCCUCCCCUCCCCAGGCCGCGUUCUCAGCUCUCCCCGCAAACCUCGUCCACCCCCUCUCUCUUCAGAAGAACGUCCCAAACCAAUGGGGUCUGGGGUCACCGUGGGUGUCCGGCUGGAGAACAUCUUCCAUGGGUUGAAUCUUGAUGGUUCUCCGGGGCACCAGGACAUGUCGGUCCCCCGUGGGCCCCUCACAGUGCUUCGCUCCCCUCCAGGUCUCAUGGUGGAGACCAGCACUGCUCUCACCUCCACGUCUAACACCCUCCAUCAUGUUUCUCACCCACCCUUACACUUACAAGUGUCUUCUUCUGUUCCACGCACAGGAUCGUACCCUUUCUCCACCCUGUCCUCCUGCCCGUCAUCGAGUUCCUCCACCAGACCCUCCUUCUCGCCUGUCAGUGGAGUUCCUAUAGCAACGACCAGCAACGUUCCCAUGGCGGCAGUACCCGGCAACACCUACUGUGUAAACAGUACAUCUGCAGUCACGCCCAGUUCUAGCCCAGCAUCCACAGAGAAUAGCGGCUACGCCUCAGUGCAAGCAAACAGCGCUAACUCCAGUUCCUCGUUGUGCGUUUGUAGCUCUUGCGGUUGUAGCGGUAACUGUGGCUCCUAUGGGGCACUUCCAGCUAGUUACGCCGGAUACUUUCCUCAUCCGUUUUCAGGAACGUCAGUAUUCACGUUAGGGCCUUUGCUUCAUUUCAGCCCCCUCCUUACAGGAAGUGGUACCGCCUCCCCCUUUUCCUACCCCCUGGUGGCCCCACCUAUUUACAACAGCAGUCUAUCACAUGACUCGCAACAAAAUAUUGUGCUUCCAUCAGUGCAGGGUUUUCUAGGGGGAGGGGGUGGUGUGUACCAGCCCCAUGGAAUGAUGGGAAAUGGAAGCUCUGGGCAUAAGAAAACAGGGAAUGUGUCCUGCUAUAACUGUGGGCUGAGUGGGCAUCGAGCACAAGACUGCAAGCAGCCAGCAAUGGACUCUGCACAACAAGGGACGUUUCGUCUGAAAUAUUCCCUGCAGUCAGACAGCCAGGACUCAGGAGACUAAAUGGUGCGAAUGAACUGGUUUGGACCUGCACCUUCCUCAGUGUGUAAAGACACUUGAUGUACGUCCCAUUGGAUCAUACUUCAAAUGUCAACAAGGCAAGUAGGAUGUCGUUUCGAACACUGACUUACCC